CUUCCAUUUAGUUUACACGCCUUUAUCUGAAAAACCAUUCAUCAGGAACCAUUCACAUUCAGACCACGAACGCACCGAGAGUGGAGAGGGAUUCACACACAGAGGAAGAGGAGAAAAGGAUGAGGAGGAGAGAAGUGGAUGGACGGAGAGAGUGGAGAUAGGAGGUGUUCUGUGAAACAGUGAAUAAGGUCGAAUCGUAACCCUGACAGAGAAAGCGCUAUCUGUGGUCUCUCCAUCCUUCUACAAACUGCAUGUAUCAAGUGUCCGGGACCUGGACCGAUCAGGAUCUGCAGUUAAAGACAGUGUGAAUGACGAGGAGACGUGAUGUCGAAUGACAGUUGUUGCAGAGUUUGCAGCAGGAUCCUUUACAGCUGCAACUGGAGAGUCCCACAGCCAAACCAGAAAAAAUGUGGAUGCUGCUGGUUCUCAGUCGUCACAGUGGUGUCCCUGCUCUCCCUCUGCUGGAUGUACAUCUGUCUGGUAACAUUUAAUGAUCGAGACGAUGUUAACUGGCAGGGCUUCACAAAACUGAAACAGUGGGUGAACUGGUUCAUGGUGCUGGUCAUCAUUUCUGCAGUGUUAACCAGUUACUGCGUUCUGCUGCUGUUUUUCGCCUUGUUCCAAGUUGCCUUGAGUGAACCACUCAACUUACACUGGACACACAAGGUCUUCCUUUUUUGUGGUGUGCUCCUGAUAGCUUUUGGAGUCACAGGAAUCAGCCUCGAGUGGAAAGAAGAAUGGCCCACAGUUCUGCUUUCACUUCAGGCCACAGCUCCUUUUUUGCAGUUCGGUGCGGUCGGAGCCUUGACCCUGCUGAGCCCAUUUGUCUUCCACCACUUCUACAUGGCUAAAGGAAAAUUGUCUAAGUUCCUGAUUGCAGUCAUGUUUGUGGUGGUGUCAGCCCCCAUCUUCAUCUGUCCACUGUGGAUCCAGUCUCCAUGUCUGAUAAAGCAGGAGCAGUUACCGGCCAAACCCAAGCUAAUAGGCCACAGAGGUGCGCCAAUGCUGGCCCCAGAGAAUACCAUGAUGUCGUUCAGCAGGAGCGUAGCAUGCAACGUGACGGCCUUUGAGACAGACGUCCAGAUCAGUAAGGAUGGAAUUCCCUUCCUGAUGCACGACCACCAAGGCUCUGGAUUUCUGAGAAGAACCACAAAUGUUGAAGAUAAGUUUCCAAACAACAACUUCAACAGCAGCUACGACCUGACGUGGGAUGAAUAUAAGGAUCUGAAUGCAGGGGAAUGGUUUAUGAAGACAGAUCCUUUCCAUUCAGUGUCUAAACUCUCCCAUGAAGAAAAGGAAAUGUCUAGAAAUGAGAAAAUUCCCUCCUUACUUCAACUCCUCAACCUGUCCAAACAGCACAAUAUCUCUGUCAUUUUUGACCUGUACAGUCCCAACACGGGAAACGAUACGGCAGACAUAGUCAGCACCAUCCUGAGCUCCGGCAUCGACCCCAGUCUGGUGCUUUGGCUUCCUCCAGCAGGGAGAGACUAUGUAAACGAGAUUGCUCCGGGCUUCAUCCAGGUCUACAGUAACGUUACUGAGAUGUUUAUGAGAGGGGGAACCCACCUGAAUGUGAAAUACAGCAAGUUUAGUGCAGCAGAAAUCAGGGAACUUCGGCGCAGGAAUAUCACGGUGAACCUGUGGGUGGUGAAUGAGCGCUGGCUGUUCUCUCUGCUGUGGUGUUCAGGGGCCAGUUCUGUCACCACCAACUCCUGCCACUUAUUGAAGGACAUGAACGAGCCCGACUGGGUCAUGUCACGGCAAAAAUACAACGUAAUAUGGAUUACAGUGAAUGCUGCAUCUCUUCUGAUAAUGACUGCAUUCUUCAUCUUUCAGGGGACAAAACACAAAUGCCACAGAAAAGGGAAACAAAGAGACAAUAUAUCAGCCUGGAACGAGAAAGAACUGACCCCCUUCUUGUCUAAUAGAUAGACUGAACGACUCCAGCACCGACGACCAAUGUUUCUGUCUCAAAAUGGACAGAACAUCUUUGUCUUUGUCAUCGUAGUUUCUGCGAGAAAAGACUGAUAUGAAUCACCGCGCACUGUUUUAAAGCCAGUAAAAUUAAAAUAUUUUUCUUUCACAGAGCUUAAAAAUGUCUUGUAACUGUGAGCAUUCAGCCACUGGAUGGUUUCAGUUUUAUGUGUAUAUAUAUGUCAGUCUGUGUGGUGUUCAGAGUAUACUUUUAUUUUUACUUUUGUACAUUUGUCUCACCUUGUAACUGAAAAUGUCAGCUUUUGUUUAGUUACAUUUUGUUUUUCAUUGUGCCACUACUGAACACAUGACCUGUAAGCUGAGCCAGAAAUACUAAAACUAUUUUCUACA